AUGGCCCGCACUUUGCCCUGGGCGGAUGACCGUCUCCCGCCAGCAAAGAAAGCACGGGUGGCUACCGCAUCUCGGAUCAAGCAUGAGAGAGCAUCUUCCCCAUCGCGCAGCGACAAGUUGUCAGCCGGUAACGCGCAUGCGUUUGACCGCGGCCGCUCCCCCAAGCCAACUCCCUUGACAGAUCCAAGUCGGAGAGCUCCUUCGUCGUCUUCUAUUCGCGGCCCUCCUUCCACAGAGCUCAUCCGGGAAGGGUACGAUGGGGACGACAUCUACAUUAUGGUGGAAGACGAGUUCCAGACGGUUGCACAGUCAUAUACCGCACAUCUGCAUCAUGCCGAGUACAAGCGAUUGAUGAAACAAGCACGAGAAGCAGCUCCGAAACCCCUUCCUGAACCUACAUCGCCCAUGUCCGAGAGGACAAAGAGACGACUCAAAUCGGUUGCCUUGCAAAACAAACAGAAAGAUACGUUACGACGAGUCCUGAGAGAUCCAACACUCGAAGAUGAGGAGAACGAGGACAAGGUCGUCGACGACUUGUGGACCGGCACCAGUCUUGGCCCACUGAUGGCGAGUGACAGUCAACAGAAGAAAUCUCUCGUUGGCUUGGAGGGAAUUUCGAGCAGUACAAAGGCUGGCAUGGGUCUCGCUAGAAUUCAGAACAGCAAAGACGGCACUGGCAACCUGGUCGAAGAAGAUGCUCACGUACGACGUACAUCGUCAAAACAUGACAAUUCCAGUCGCCUCUCGACCUUGGGGUCCAUGGAGAAGCAGGGAACUUUGCAGGACGGUCACGGUCUGGCAGCUGCACCGACGUCUCGAAUCUCUCACCACAGUGUCCGAGAGCACAGGCAACCUGUAGUUAGCGGCAGCUCAAGUGAGCGGUCCACGGCGCGCAAGUUUGUCGUGGAUCUGGAUGAUGAUUCUGGCGCAAUAGCCACGGUGCAUGACUCUUCUAAUGGAGCACUCAGACCAAAAGCAGUGCCACAGUCAAAUGGAAAACUCGGGUUAAAGGGAAAGGAACAGGACAAGAAAUCGCGACUCGAGGAGGUGCCCAUGUUCAUCAUUUGA